AGCGCUGUCAUUCUCUACAUUUUUGUGUAUUGUGUUUAUAUAAAAACCAAAGUGACACUUUUCACAAGGCACUUUUCUCAUCGAUUAUUGAAAAUGGACCAUUUCCAAGUGGGCACCGAGUUUCACACAUACAGAGAACUGCUAGCCGCCAAAUAUCGCUACGAGCAAGAUACGAAAACUCUGCUAACGACCAAGAAAUCGGCCAAAUACACCCCAGAUGAUCCCAGGUGCGAAGAUUUAGUGUACUCCCGAAUCCAGUACCAAUGCAAGGCUGGCGAGGAACGGAAAUCAACGUCAAAGGGAAAUCGAGCCGUAUCGUCCGGGAAAAUGAAUUGUCCCGUACAGGUCACGAUGAGCGUUAAAGAGGGUAAACUGUGUGUGCUGAGCUCAAUGUUGGUGCAUGUGAAUCACACCCAGGAUUUCGAAACGUUCAUGAAAUAUCCGGAAAAUUUGCGUCUCAAACCGCACGAGAUCCGAUAUGCAAAGGAGCUGCUGGCCAAAGGAUUCAACAAGAAAACGAUUAAGGGCAAACUGAAAGAGUGUCGCGGUGGAAUGCCGGUAUCGCCGAAGUUUUGGGCGCAGAUACAUAGGGCUUCGAAAAAGGAUGCGACCGCUAGCGAUGGCAUUCAAAAACAUGAAGACACGCAAGGCGAAGACUUUUUCGAUCAGACGUUUGAUAACACAUCAUCGUUUGGAUUCGGUGAAAGCCAGUCCAUGACACCAGAGGUGAAGGUGAAACAGGAAUUCGAUGGCGGUCACAAUACAUCCGAUGAUGAUACGAACGAUGGUGACAAUGACUCUGUCGAUCCAUUGUCAAAUAUGUUCAGCAAAUGUACGGCUGAUGACAGUACGGAUAGUCGCACGAAUGCUAAAUUGAAAAAGGAUUUCGACAAUUGGUUCAAGAAUCUGAUUCCGGGCGAGAAAUUGUCGUACAACGAAUGGCUAUGGCAACUGGAAUUCAAUUUCCCAUCGUUGGACAAAUUGAACUUCAUCAAAUACGGCAUUAUCCUGGGCAUGACCAUUCUGAACAAGUACUACUUCGACGGUACGAUGAAAAUCGACGGAAAUGGGAUCAAAGAGGUCGGUGCAGAGUUCGGAAGAAAACGAAAAAAAAUCCUGCGACCGGCUCCUGUCAUCAAGCACAAUCACGAUGAUGAUGAGGACGAUGAGGACGACGAUGAUGAUGAUGAAAAUGACAAUUUCCACGAUGAACCGAAUGACAGUUUCCAGCAUGAAGAGAAUUUAGUUGCCAUUGAAGUUCAUCCGCAAAUCGACGAAAAUAUUCCGGUAGCGACCAAUUCAACCAAUGCAACGAAUCAACCAAAGAAAGAGAUUUCUAGCACAGGCACGCCAUCGGUUACCAAUUUUACCAAAGCCGAGAGUACGGAACCGACACAGACAAACACUCAACCCAAUGAACCGAUCAACUGUAAAAUGUGCACUGAAGUAUUCCCAACACAUAGUCAACUGUACCAUCACAUGCGUAAAUACCAUACGGCCCACAUUGGACUCAAUUGCCCAAUUUGCAAUAAACGAUUCCAAUACGAACGGAAUAUGAAUCAGCACAUCGCUUCCGUGCACGUGAACGACGGGAGUGUUUCAAAUUGUGGCGAUGUUGAGGCUGGACGAUCGAUAUGCGAAAUAUGCGGAGCAUCGUUCGACAAAAUAUCCAGUCUGAAGUCCCACUCACGCUAUGUGCAUUCGAUCGAGAAAUUCUAUUGCCAGUAUUGCAAUCGCAAGUUGAGUUCGAAGAAAUCGUUGAAGGAGCACAUUCAAUUCCAGCACGAGCUCACAUUCGUGACGCAUGAAUGUGAGGAUUGUCAGCGCAUUUUCAAAUAUAAAAGUUCGUACCGGUUGCAUAUGAAGAAACAGCAUGGCAUACAUUUCGGAUAGUUUUUAAAUUUUGUGUUAAAUUUGUUGGUGAAAAAUGAAUGAAAAAUUAAAGAAAUUUUCAAAAAAAA